AUGGAAGGCUAUACUAUUCGCAUAGCGACUGMGGAAGAUACACCAGGAAUCCUCCAAGUCUCACGAUCAGCUGAAAAGAAGUUUGGCGAACAUGACACCAUUUUCGAAUCCCUGGCAGAAGGAGAGCAGAGCUACGCGGCCACAAAGAUCCAACAAACAUUCGAAAAGGGCCGGAUAUUCCUCGCCGAGCAUGACAGCAUACCGGUUGGAUUUCUAGCAGCCUACCAGAUGGACACAGCUCUGUACGUUGCUGAGAUUUCCGUGCGCGGCGAAUACAACGGCAAGGGUAUCGGGAGUAUGCUGUUAAAGGCGGUGUUCCAAUGGGCUCGUGAGCGAGCACUUGAGAACGGAGAGGAUGAAGCUCGAGUGUCCCUUACGACGUACGUCGAAAUUCCUUGGAAUGGGCCAUGGUAUCUACGACGCGGGUUCAAGGUGGUGAAUGCAGAGGAAAUUGGGCCAAAGCAUGUGGAGAAGAUGAGGUAUGAUAAAGAAGUGAGAAAGCUCUAUCAGGGGGGCUAUACACGUUGUUGUAUGCUCUGGCAGGAAAAGAUGUAG